AAGUGUCAACAAAACAAAUUAAACAGGAGAAACAUACAUUUGAUUGAGCAUAAGCAAAGGCUCCAUCGUUGAGAAUUUAGAAGAUAAUUUAGAUUAUUUUUAUCCUCGUUCGAAUGUGAUCUUGCUGUUUUAUACUUUCUUUCCUAAGAAUUUGUUGUGGUGCGCACAAGUAGAAUUGCCUCGAAGUUGAUUCCUGAUCACUGUCGCGACAUUGCAUAGCUCAUUGGUUUCUUUUCUCUUAUGACAGCUUCAUGAAAUUUGAAUGCAUGACUAAGAAAAUGGCAUUUUCCUCUCAAAAUGCCAGAGAGAUCGCGAAUCGGAAGCUGAUAGAGGACUUGCAAGUCAAAAAGCAAAUGCUGUUGAAACAGGGCGUUAAUCCUGGCCUUAAUACAAUUGGAUCUCAAAAUAAUUGUGUAUUUGGAUCCUCUGAAGCCCAUGUUCCGAACGCAGCAACGUUAGCUCACAAUUUAGCACUUCAAACAUCUUUUGGUUACUACAUCAAGCAAGACUCUUCUUUUGGAAAUCUCAUUCUGCCUGUCAUCCCUCGAUUUGAAAAUAAAACAACCGGACAUUUCUCUCCUCGUAUUCGAGAUCCAAUUUCAACACCUAAGUCAGAUUCAGCACAUUUUAACAAAACUAUGGCCUCUUUGAAGUUAAAAAAACUUGAGGAGUAUUUGGAAGACGUCGAGGGCUUUAAUGCACCUAAAAUUGAGCUUGAACAGUACCUAACCACUCCGCACUUAGCAGCAUGCACAUUACAUGCAAUCCAAUCUUACUUUGGGCAAAUCGAGAAUAAGAUCGUUGCAGAUCUGGGUUGCGGGUGUGGCAGCUUAAGUAUUGGAGCACAUUUACUCGGCGCUCAAUACACUGUUGGAUUUGACAUUGAUAAUGACGCUUUAGAAAUAUGCCAGGCAAACUUUAAAGACUUUGAAAUAACAAAUUACGAUCUAGUGCACUGUGAUGUUUCAAAGCUUAACGUAGAUAGGUGGGAGAAAGUAUUUGAUACCGUUGUUAUGAAUCCUCCGUUUGGAACUCGCAACAAAGGUAUCGACAUGAAAUUUGUACAAGUAGGCCUAAGUUUAGCAAACAAUGUCUAUUCACUGCACAAGCGCUCAACGCGGAAGUUCAUAGUGAAGAAGGCAGAGGAAUGGGGUGUCAAAGUGAAAGCUGUGGCAGAGUUACGUUUUGACUUACCAGCUUCAUACAAGUUCCAUAAAAAAGAUUCUGUAGACAUAGAGGUGGAUUUAGUCAAAUUUUGGUCAGAUGGCAGCUGAAUUUAUGGUUUCACAGGCUUUCACAGCUCUUAUAAGAUUGCUAGGAGUGUUUACCUCGUAUAUUUGAAAGAGGACAACUGGUCUGCCGAAAAAUAAAUGAAUAAAACGAGCGAAGCUCACUUCCAUGUGUGGUCUUACAGAUUUCUUCAACUGAAUUUUUUUUGUUUUUUAAAGUACAUAUUAAGAUGGUUUUUUAAAUGUUUUUCAUUACCAAUUUUUUGCGAACAAUUGAACAAAUAAUAUGAGGAAAAAGCAAUGAAAUAUUGAAAAAAAUGUCAGGAUUUUUUAAAAUAACACAAAGUAGACAAAUAAAUACCAUUACUAUGAUAAUGAAAAUAAUCGAUCUGUCUGUCUACAACAGAAUCUGAUUGAUCAGUUGAACUUUCAAUCAGGGCUUGUUUUUCAUAAUUAUUAUUUUGUUACCUUCCAAUGCAUCACAAACACUGUUUGUGCUGAGGAACUGUGUUGCCAAACUCGUCCAAUUUUUACAGAAAAACUAAUUAACAGAAUCACUGAAAAUUUCACUCAAUUUUCCUUUCUUCAUCAAGGUUAGUCCUUGAAAUUUGCAUGAAAGUAUAGACAAAAUUUUCAACCGAAGAAUUGAGACAAUAUUAAGAUGUGUAGCAACAGCGUCAAAGCAUAGAUGGCGCUGGUGGUACAUAGGCUAAAAGAUAGCGAUUUCAAGUACAGCAAUUAUGAAAGGAUUCCCACAUUUUGUUCUUUAGUCCACAUUUUUUUGUAGGAACCGAGAAACUGAAGCAUUAUCAAUUUUAUAAUAAAAACAUAAGCUUCAUACUCUUUGGCUUCCUAGCUGGAGGACUUGUCUAACCAUGAGACCAUGACUGAGGGAAAGGUUAUUUCCCACCACCAUAAAAAUUUUGAAACUAUUGGCAUCAAUGAGCAGAAAAUGUUCACCGAAAGCCAUUCGUUUUCAGUACUUUAUUCUCUUUUUUUAUUUUCAUUGAUCAUCAUUGGCUUCUCCUGACCAUUGCAUUAUGGUGUAGGCUUUAGUCUUUUUUGUGGUGAUAGAUUUUAUUUUAUAUAACAGUAAUUUGUUUUAUAUUCUUGUAAAUAAAGUGAUGUUAUGAUUUGA